UCAAUUUGAAACAAAAUUUUAAAAAUAUAUUUUCAAAACAACAUCGAACUACAGUAUUGUUAUAUCUGGAGAAAGUAUAGGUGAUAUCUCUCUAUUUACAUCUGGAUAUGUCUUGUUCAAUAAAUUGAAUAGAAAUUAAAUAGACUAAUCUAGAUUUGAUAUAGAUCUAGAUCUAGAUGAUCUUACUUCCUGAUUCUAGAACAAUAGAUCUAGUCUAGGCUAUAAACACCAUAGACUGUAGGUCAGUGAAAUAUGUUCAAUGUGCUUCAAUUGCUGUCAUUCCUUGUCCUGGAGGAUCUCAUGACCUCUGUCACAGCUGUAAGCACGGCUUCUGGAACUGAGUUUCUCAUUACGACACCUGGGUUCCUGACCAAAAGUCAAAAGACCAAGAUCCCAAGUGUGUACCUCCAUAUCUACACUGAGUACACCACGACGACUGUCCAGGUUCAAAUCAUGCAGUUUUUUUAUUUUACACAACAUAAUCGCAUGGACAACAAUAUCAGUCUCUUUGUCAACUUUAAUCAGCCCAAAGUAUUGUAUAUAGAACAGAAUUAUUACCCAGAACCUGGUUCGGGCGUUAUUCCAAUCAUAUGCGUCUUGAGUUCGUGGCCUGUAAACAUUAUGGUGAGUAUCCACGAAGGUGUUCGGGGCCAGGAGACCUUCAAGGCCGUGCCAGUAGCGGGGUGGGGCAGGAGGUACCACGCAGUGACGUUUGGGUACAAGUACUCCCUGGUAGUAAUGACCAGUGAAGAACCUAACAUCAUCACUCUGACCUUCCAGAGUAACAGAUCAGACUUCUCCUACAACCACUCGGGGGUCAUCUUCAAGAACGGUCACUCUAUUCAAAUGCAGCUAUUUAGGCUUAAACCUUACGCCUUCUCGUCAUGCGAUAAGGAAGGGUGUCAGGGCUCAUUAACAGGUUCUACAGUGAUUGGGGAAAAGCCCAUUGGUAUUGUCACAGGUAAUUGUAGGUCCCUCAAUGAUGGCAUGGUGUGUCAGUCGGAAGAAAGAGAGGAGGAGAAUUAUAUUGUAGAAAUGAUGCUUCCUCAGGAGACUUACGGGCGACAAUUCAUUUUAAUAAAGGAGAUCGAAGCAUUCAAAAUGGGCUACACCGUUGUUAUAGCCGGCACUGACAACACGAUGGUACACACCUAUAAGAAAAGAGAUGGACGCAAUCUAGAUGUGGUACAGACAUAUCUUCGGAAAGCCAACGACUGGACAAAACUCAAGGAUUACAUAUCUUACAUCAACGCCAGCCACGGAGUUCUGGUCGUGUACGUCCAGAGCGCCAAGACAAAAGUGGGAGGCCCAAGUUUUCUACAGAUAAUCCCCAUGGAACUGUUCUACUUCAAGUAUAUGAUUAUGACACCGCAGUACAACGCGUCCACUCUCGACUACAUCGUCUUGGUGGUCAAGGCGAAAUGGGUGGACAGCAUUCUUAUGGAGAACCACAACCCGAACAUUUCUCUUCCAGACUUUCAGCUAGGGAGAAAAACUAUUAUCUUCUCGGUUCGAGGCAAAGAUACUUGGAAAGUUUACAUUGGACAGAUUGACAAGAACUCCAUCUUCGUGGUGCUGUCAACACGCGGAAAUUUUGGCUGCUAUCAGUACGGCGUUGGUUACUCCACUUCGUAUAUGCAUUCAUCUGGUUUUAUAUCGUCCCCUAUUAACAAUGAUAUCCAGUCUUGUGCACAAACAAGGGUCAGGAUGGCAGCGGUUGACCUAAUUGACAACGACUGUGACGGGCAGAUCGAUGAGGAAGUGGCCAAUGGAGUAGAUGACGACAAAGAUGGCCUAGUGGAAGAAGAUCUUAAUGCUUUCUUUGCACUCAAAACUUUUUACGACGCCGUCAAAGUGCUUCCGGGACGUCUGAAGGAUCCACUGACUACGUCCACGGCAUCGACCAAACAAGCCCUUUCUACAACAACAGCAGCUAAGAGGAACAUGACAACAACAAAAACAGCAGCACCCACCUCUGGACGUUUGAGUACCAAGAGAAAUGUCUCUGAGUCGCAACAUGUUGGGACGACGCCAACAACGACGCCAAUGAGUACAGCUUUAUCUACAUCUACGCAAGCUAAGCCCAAUGUGACACGGCCAUUUGAAAGUUUUACUGGAGACAACAAAUUUCUGGUGAAAGGAUUGUGGAGCGAGUGGCGAUGCUCACGUGACUGUCGUGACUCUGCAUUUCAUAGAGAAAGAGAUUGUGUGGAUGAUAGAAUGACCAUUUACAAGAACUGUGACAAAGAAACAAAGCUAGGAACUUGUUACAUUGGAACCAAGUGUCCAGCUGAAUGUUCCAAGUACCAAUGGGGUGUUAAUUGCCAGAAGAGCUGCAUCAACUGUGCACAGGAGUGUGAUAAGUUUGACGGGAAGUGUUCAGCGUGUAAGCCAGGUUUCAGGAACCCAACCAGGUCUUGCAAUGAGACCUGUCCUAAUAACCGCUACGGAGAAAACUGUGAAGGGAACUGUAUAGACAAAUGUGGAAGCGACUGCACAGAACGUGUCACUGGUAGUUGUGUAGAAAGAGCGACUACAACUACACACAUUUUCUCUGCUUUGAUUGCUUUUCUAAUAGUUGUAUUAGUCAGUGUCGUCACUGUCUUUGCAUUAAGAAGGUAUAAGAUGCAAGACCAAGAACUGGAAUGGCAGACGGAGAGUGACGCCGACACCUGGACACUGCCCGGGGAAACACCCGUGCACCAGAGCUCUCUAGGCAUACUAUCCAAGAACUCUUUGGGAGGUCCCUCCAACCGGUCAUUGUUACGUGCGGUCUCUUCAACAAGCGACAAAGUUUUGCCUCGGGCAGAAACUAGGUCAAAUCAAGUCUGAGCAUUUCUGACAAGCGGACUUGGUGAAUAAAUCAAAAUAAAGUACGGUGUACACUGUAAGAGAGAAACAAUUAG